AGCUUUCAACUGUGCAAGCAAUUGGAUCCUCAAGACAACCCAUCUCUGUUCAAUUCUACUUUGAGCAUAAUUAUCCGGGUGCGUCUCAACUUUGAUCUGGAUCCUGUCUCUCAGAUAGUUAUAGGAUACUAUGGACUCCGAAUCAGAGGAGAUAGCUACCGAGUACAUGAACUAUUACUCCCUCCACCCAAGGCACUAAUUUCCAUAUACAGAUUUCACAAGCAAUUCCAGAGAGUCGUUGAGAAGGAAAGAAAUAGCAAUUUCCUAACAAGGCUUCAUAAGGGUCGCCUCAGUAUUAUCCCUUGGCCUAUAAUUGGAUCACCUGGGUUUUACGAACAGUUUGAGGAACUGAAGGAAUUAGGAUUCGAUGUUCAGGAAAUAACACAUAAACAAGCAGGUGUAUUCUUAACGACACUAAAGAUGCUGAUGGCUAAGCUGAAACUAACAAAUUUGAAAGCCAAUUUAGCUGCACAACGAGUUGAAAAGUUGUCAUCUCUAUUGGUGCGAGCGUUAUGCUUUGGCCUCACUGAUCCGGAACAUAACGAAGUACUCAAA